AAUCGAUUUAUGCGCAUCAUAACCGGCGAGUGUUAUUGCAUUUUCGGAAGCUGUGUGAAAAAAUCCUUUCUUUGUUCUUGUACUAACGGCAUUUGGAGCCAGUAGCAUUAAUUUUAUUUGCAAAAACUUCUAUGGUGUCCGAUGAGGUUUAUAAAAGCUUAGUGUUCUAUUUUGUGGCAAAGAAUACGACAUGGCUGCGGAAAAGGAUAAACAUGUCUCUGUGACGCACUUCAUUAAUCCGCAACUGUUUUGGUUUCACGAAAUUAGCGUGCCCAAUCCCGCUUAUCAUGAAAUCAAAGAGCUGGAAGAUCAACUCGAACAAUACUAUCAGAGCCAUCAACCAUGGACACAGGCGAUACGCAAGCCGGCAGUUGAUAUGCUGGUAGCUGUAAAAUUCCUAUCCUGGCAUAAAAUGAUAAGAGCACGUGUUGAACAUAUUGCAAAUUUUAGUAAAAAUACGCAAGGUGGUGAAUUUAUAAUGUGGGCCAUUGAUUACGGCUUUCCAUUUCAAACAAAAUCUGAACAAAUAUUUCGUUUACCUGACAAGUUAUCGCAUACAGUGAAACAUAUACGACGCGGAGGAUUGGCCGACCUAACACCGGCCGAGAAAGAUUUUGACUUUCGCAUGAAUUGCGCCGUGACGAGUGUCAAGGAGAAUUGGAGUCAACGUGCAUGUGAGUUAAUGGACAAACUACUGAACGAAUCGGAGUCGGUUGUGUUUGUUGAAAAGUUUGAGACCGAUCAACAUGCAUGGGGUGAUCUGAUAGUGACUACGCAUUUGGGUUAUAAAUGUAAUAUGCGUGAUUAUUUGAUUGGCAUAAGUUUGGCCGUUGAAGCUGGACCGAAUUUUCGUGAGACAUGUCUAAAUUUAAAAGCCACCAAAAUUUUGCCCUGGAUGACAAAUAGUGGUAAUAGUAAAUUUAGUGCAAAUAAGGGUUUCUUGUGUGAAGGUAAAGUGCGUGAUGAUAAAAAGCUGCAACAAAUAGUUAACACCGGAUUGGAUGCUUAUGCAAAGAAAAAAGUCGAAGAUUGGUGUACCAGAAAUGAGCUAGCCAACCUGCAAGAAACCGCAGAUUUCGAAGAGGACAUUUUGCUGGACAGUGUCAAAUUUGACGAUUCAGUGUCGAAUAAAGAUUUUGAAGUUUGCACCUUAAAUAUUGCUGACACCGGGGAACUUACUAAAAAACACGCGAAUGGUGACGAUUUUGAAAUGAAUCGUGUUGUGAAAACAUUUGAAAAACUACUGAGUGACGAGGAAUCGGUAAAUUCUAUAGGUAAUUGUGAAAUGACUGAACAGAAAUUGGGCAUGGCGGGUACAUUGACGAGAUCACUUGAGAAAAAGUAUGGUAAAAAGGAAUUACCGCCAAUACCAAAAAUUAUUGAUUUUGAUGUGAGCGCAGAUUCCGAAAAGGAGCUAUAUAAAGAAAAUGUGAAGCCACAUGAAAAAGAAAAAUUGCUCAGCGGUGUUGAAUCAUUAGUAUCGGUGAAAACCGGAGUUUCGCGGAAACAAAAGUUGCUGGAAAAACGCAAACAGCUCAACAAUAAACAAACUGAUGAGACAAUUACACACAACAAGCCGGAAGAGGUGUCGCUACAACUAGCACAUAACAAGAAUAGUAAUAAUCUUAUUGACCUAAAAUCCAAUGCAAGUACUACGGUGGAAUCUGAUAUUGAUAGCUCAUUGCGAAAAUCUGCACUUGAGAAAAGCGAAAACAGUAAUUUUAAUGUUAGCGUCGUUUCUGCAAGCGUUACCAAUUCGCGCGUAAAACGACAUCUACUCAACCGUCAGCGUGCGUCGAUGCAGCAGGAAGAGACUACCACUGACAGCACAUCCACCAAUGAAACUACACCACAAACCACAACCGUUGCAUCCAAACGCAUGGAAUAUCUCAGAAAGCAACGUUUGGAAAAGCUUAAAGCGCAAAAGAGUGAAAAUCUCAAAGAAGAGAGCUCCGCUGAAGAACCCAUUCCCAAAACGCAAGAACAAGCACCCUCAAAUAAGUUGAUUGAAAAACAAGCAGUGCCGCCAGCUACUGCUAAGCCCAGCGCGCAUAUUGGGCGUUUGUUGAGUUUACGCAAAAAGGUUAGGGAGGAAAAGCCAGAUUCUUAUUUCGAAUUAACCAAUACACGUUUACGUCCGGCUGCUGAGACUCUCAAAGAAAGCAACACCUUUCAUGGUUUGCGCAUGAUACCGGCCGGCUUUGAUUUAACAAAUCUAAAUCACUACAAAGACGAGAAAAAUCAUUGGCAUCGCAAGGCGAGUACGCGCUUUGAUUACAUGCCCCACGAUGCGGAUGUGGCAGUAAUGGAAAAGGAAGAUAGUCCACAAUACAAGGAUCAUCAAAACAACAAAGCAAUUGAAACUCAAGCAAACACAACAACAAAGCACGCCAGUAUUUUAGACACAACAGUGCCGGAAUUGCACGAAGAUCCAAUGGAUUUGCGUAUAACUGCGGAGUCGAAAAGCAAAGAGUCUACUACGUCAGAGGAGCUGUCACCCUACAGCAGUAGCAAUUUUUCAAGCCCCCCGGCACCGAAGAAAUAUGGACGCUAUCGCUCAUUGAAAACGCCCGCACAACAAAUGAAUAAAAUCGAUGAGAUACUACGUUCGGCAUAUGAUGAAAAAGCCGGCGGGAAUAGUGACAUACUCGAUUUGGACAAUUUCAAUUCGAGCGGUUGUAAAGAUGAAUCCGACACCACCGAGUUAUAUUCGGCCGACGAUGGCACCAAUGGCUGCACUACAACGGAUAAUGAAGAUGUUGAUUUCGAACACAAUACUACAUCCAACAAACGUUCACUCAUACAAAAUCGUUUGCUGAAGAAGCUGACAGCACAACAGGAACAUUUGAAGCAAAUCGAAGACAAAUUAACUAACGAACUGCAUGCACCGAAACCCGAAACAUUUCGCAUACACUUGCCCGAAGUUAAAGAGCUGCGCAUUGUUGAGGGUGAACACAAGUUGAAAACGAAAUUCAUCGAUCACUUGGUGUUGGCGCAUUCGAAUGUGCCACUCACAGCGCUCACAAGCAUAAGGGAAGCAUUCUUUCUAAAGGAAAUACACGAUGAAAUGGAAAAUAUGCGUGUCACAAAGCUAUAUCGCAUACAAGCCUACGCCUGGCCGCAUCUGCUACGUGGCAAUUCAAUGUUUGUUGUGAAUCCACACAAGACGGGCAAGACUUGGAGUUAUUUGCCGGCCAUUUGUAGUCUCGUUGCUUAUCGCAUACAAAGUGGUCGUCUCGUCGAUACGUAUGGGCCGGUAGCCAUUAUUUUACAACCGACCUCGGCUCAUGUGGAAGUCGUGCAGAAUUAUUGCAAGCGUUUACUGUUAGGCGUACGUCCGACAGUGACAACAGUUGCCUCGUAUGGUGUGCGCAAUGCGAUUGAUGCUAAAAUUCAAUUGCUCAACAGUUGUGGCAUUUUAGUGGCAACGCCGGCUAGUUUGCUGCGUUUGUUGCGUGACAAUGAGAAGGAAUCGCUGAUUGACAUCGAGCGUUUGAAGCAUUUGGUCAUCGAUGAUUUGGAUUUAAUGCUUUCGCGUUCACAGGCGGAUAUCGAAUUGGUGUUGAAGUCCUUAUUUAAACUAUCCAAACCCAGUAAAGGUUCAGCGAAAGCUGCAGCGAUUUGGCAAUUGGUGGUGACGUCACGCGAUUGGGAUUCUUUGCUUGUGGCGCUGAUGCGUAAAUCCAAUCAACCGUUACUUCUAAUUGGUGAUUUCCUUGAAGCCGCCGUUUAUGGCAGAGUUAUGAUAUCCAUCAAGCUGUGUCCAAGUGAGCGCAAGAUCAACACCAUUUUGGAAUUCAUCGAACAGAAUUCGCUUGAAAACGAACGCAUACUAGUGCUGUGCAACAGCGAUGACGAUGUCUAUGAGGUAGUGGAUGCGCUAACCACUUCGGCGUAUGUCUGCAUUGCCUACGACAGUCACGCUUCAGCAGAUGUGCGCACAAUAAUCGAAGAGUGGCGCAAGAAGAAGGUUAUGUCAUCGCGUAUACUAGUCUGCGCCGACUCCUCGUUUCCGGAGUUACAAAUACAGAAUGUGUCACAUGUCAUACACUAUUCAAUGCCCACCUCUUGGACCAAAUUUACAGCACGCUUCUCCGCUUUAGCGCAAACUUAUGAUAAUUAUGUGAGUACGAAUUUCGAUAUGCCCACCGGCAUUGACCGUCCGACAGCGCGCUCACUCAUACUGCUUGAUGAGGAGAAUAGCAUGCAAUUGCCGCGUUUAAUGGAUUUUAUGAAGAAACAUGAUCAAUUGAAAUUUAUACAUCCCGACAUUUUGGCCGUGUCCAAACGUGUCUUGGUCGAGCGCGAAGAGGCGCGUAUUCUGCAAGCCGCACGCAUGUGUCCUUAUGUCUUGGAAUUCGGUGAAUGUGAUGAACCGCGCUGUGAAUUUCGACAUAACCUCACUCGUUUCGAUGCCAUCGCCAAAAAGGAUAAUAUACCGACAAACGGCGAUAUGCGCAUACUCAUAUUAAAGGUCUUCUCACCUACACACUAUGCUGCACGUCUACUGCAACAACGUUCAGCCAACUCUAGCAAAUGGCAUGAUAUUCGACGCUCUAAGGAGGUCUGUAAUUUCAGCAUGCAAUUGAAUUUGCACUAUCUGAAGCAAGAAAAUUGGAAUCUACACUGGCCGUUACACAUCGGUGAUUUGUGUGUCUACAAAUACUUGGAUACCUAUCAACGUGCGCGUAUACUUGAGUUGCCAGAGGUGACAAAUACCGCGCUUAUUAAGGCGGUAAAGCUGACUCUCAAGCUAAUCGAUGAGGGCAGCAUUAUAUCGAGCGUUAAAUCGGAUGAACUAUACGUUUGCGAUGCUAGAUUCAAAGAUUUCCCCGCACAAGCCAUUAAUAUACGCCUAUCCGGCGUCGUGCCCUUCGACAACGAACGCUCGUGGGACACUAAGUCCACCAAAACGGUGCAGAAAUGGAUAAUGACCGACAUAAAGAAGAAUGAAUGUGUGCAUGUGAGCAUUAAUUUCACGCUAAUCGAUACAAUUUGGGUGAACAAUGUGAUUGUGAUGGAGCAACUGGCGCAAAUGGGACAAUAUGUCUACCGUGUGAACCUGAAACGUUCACUAAUGGAGAAAAAUAUAGCCGAUGUAUGCGAUAGCAAGCGGCAGGGUAUACGUGAAAUAGCCGAAGAGUUGGGUUUGUUGGCGUAUGACGACGAAGCAGACAUGCUCAGUGACUCUGAGGGUGAAUUCAAGAGUUUCAGUGAGAAUGAUAUGAGUAAUCUCAUAAAAUUCUCCUCGAACGAUGAUACCGCCGACAGUGCGAAGCUACAGCAAGUAGAGAAAGAUGCAGCAAACAUGCAAGAAGUGAAGAAAACUAAAGACGCGGAUGAUGUGGAGGAUUGGGAUGCGCAGUUGAAUGAUAAUGAGAAGAACGAUAAUGAGAUUUAUUUACCGCUACAAACAACAAUUAAGAUCGAAACAGAUGCAACGGCCACAUACACAACAACAGCGCAGGAAGCAACGGACAAUAACAACAUUUCAACAGACAUACUAACCUCUACAAUGGCUAAAGAAACCUGGUUGGAAUUGCCUUUAGAGCAAAUUGUUAAAGUGGAAAUCGGUAAUGAGGAUGAGAAUGGCAACUGGAGUGAUAUUUACUUGCAAAACAUCGACACCGAACAUUUGGAUAAGUUCGAUGCACUACUGGCGUUGAUUAAUAAACACAUCGUCAAAAUGAAAAACAAGCCGGCAAUGCCGUUCCCCGCCUCGUGGUUCAAACCAAUGCAGAAUUGUAUAAUACAUUAUGAUGAUCGUUACUUGCGCGCUAAAUUAUAUGGCAUUUUCAGCAAUAGCACUACACCAAAUGCCGCAACUUCAACAAUUUAUCGUUUCUUUUUGUGUGAUUACGCCUGCUUCGUCAUGGCUAAACCGGAUGAGUUGUACAAGGAUUUCUUAUAUCCAACCACCAAUGAGAUUGUGACAUUCACACCCUAUCAAGCCGUACACUGCCGGCUAGCAGGCAUAAAUUUCAAUAAAUUUGCAAAACGCUUUAAAGUCAGCAAAGAUUAUCUAUUCGCGUAUGCAGUAAAGCCGAGCGAUUGUGCAUUAUCGGCCACUAUAGCGGAUUUCAAUAUAAACUCAUAUGAAAUACUGUUGUAUGAGAAUGAAACGGAGGAAAAUCUUCAAACGUUAGAAUUGUUUAACACUAAAUUAAUAGAUAAUGGUGUUGCCACUGCGGAUGAUACAGACGAAGAUUUUUUGCAAAAGCAUACACGCGUACCAAGAGCGUCUAAGGAUUUAUGUAAUUUCGAUGAGCUCUUACAAUGCAUACAACGUUCCUUUGAGUUAGAAAUGGGUGAGCUAGAUAGUGCGAGCACUAAAACACCGUUACAAGCAAUUGAACCGGCUAAACAGCAAGCGGUCGGAAGUUUUGCAGAAUUUCAAGAGAGCAUUAGCAAACCGCUUGGUAAAUAUAAACCAUUAAAAUCGAAGUCCAUACCAGCCACAAGCGGCAGUGAUGAAGAGCCACUACUAUCGUCCACCAAAACAUCAAGCAGCACUAGCGAUACCAAUGCCACGCUUAACUCAACCUCCACCGCUUUGGACACAACUUCAACAUCGACAAAUGCUCCUACGCCACCACCGGCAUUACAAGCGAAACACAAACGUCCGCAAGUCAGCUGGUACGAUACAGACUGUUUCAUUUAUCUCGUUAUACAUGCGCCCGAUAUUGACGAUUACUAUCUAGAGGUAACAGCAGAUACAUUGAUAUUCUGCGCCAAUAUACAAGAAGUGCCACAUGCAUUAGUGCUCAACUUUAUCGGUUUAGUUGAGCCCGCAUUAGUUUCACAUGAAAUACGCGGCCUUAAUGUGGUUGUGCGUUUGGUUAAGGGUGUUUUUAUGAAAUGGCCACGUUUGUUGCAACAAACGUUGCGUUAUCCGUGGCUUACGUACAACUUGAAUGCGUUAGAUUUAGCCGAAGUGGAGCAAUUGUUGCCACAACAGCAAUUAGAAAUGAUACUACAAAAGACAGCCACACUGAAUCAACACGACAGUUAUAGCAGCGAUGAGGACUCUGAUGAUGAGCGCAAUUUAUUCCAAACCUUUACACCAAUAGUAAAUAGUGAGGAUUUGCACGAUCCCACUGUGGAGCUACUUUGAUCGCGUGUGGUAGCGAAUCUCAAGCCAUAUAAAUUGUGCUGUUUUUUUGUUGGCUUAGGCGUGGUGUUGGUCGCGCUCAAAUGCCACAAGUUG